AUGCUCAACUUAUCACUUCAAAGAUUUGCUAAUUUUAUCAUUUUAUAUCAACUUUUAUUAUCAUAUACAAUAAAUGGAUCGACAACAUCAACAACAAUGUAUGCUACAUGUGGUACUGAUGUUGAACUAACUUGUCCAAUUCGUUCAAUAAAAAAGUCCGAUGAAGUGAUUUCAUGGUUUCGUCCAAAUUCAUCUCAUAAUCGUUUAUCAUUUAUUGCUAUUGGUGAUAUUCUUCUACCAGAAUAUGCAUCCAUAAGUCGUUUUAAUCUUAUAUCAUCAUCACUUUCUCGUUUAUUAAUAAAUAAUGUUUUAAUCGAAGAUCAAGGUUAUUAUAAAUGUAAAUCAAGUUCAACUGGUCAACAUAGUAUUAAACUUAUUGUUAAUUCUCAUCCAUAUCUCUCUCUACCAUCACCAAUACUUCUUUAUCCAGUCAAUCGAACAUUUUCAAUAACAUGUUCACUUUUAUGUGAUUCAUCUAUUGACUUUAAUAAUUUAAUUUGGCUUGUUAAUGGACAACCAUUAAAUGAAGAUAGACAUGAAUUUUUAAUUGAAACAAUUUCAUUUAAUACACAACGUUUAACAGUAUUUUUACAUAAGAAAAAUCAUCAUUUUAAUCAAGCGAAUUAUACAUGUAGAUAUAAUGGAAAGGAAUCAUCGGUUUUAGUUAGACGACGAACGAAAGAAGAAUUACAUCGUUUACCACGUCAACAAGGUUCAUCAUCUGCUUAUUUACUUCAAACAGCAUUUGAUACAGGUCAAACACAAUAUCAAUCAUCAUAUAAAUAUCUUCUAAUAUCAUUAUUGUUAUUAAAAAUAAUCAAUUGUGCAAUCUAA